AGGAGGUGGCCAGGACCAACCCUUCACCCACUUUCCUCUCCCAACCCUGGAGAGGGUCAGCCCUGCCAUCUGUCCCACCAGACCCUGGGGAUGCAGGUGCAGGAGCAUCUGGGGUUCGUCUCUGCCUCCCCUCUGGCAGGGACUUGCUUCACAUUCCUCCCUUUUCCUCCAGACAGAGAUUUUGGGAUGACGCAGCCGAAACACCUCUCUGCCAUUGUGGGAGGCUCCAUCGAAAUCCCCUUCAGCUUCUUCCACUCCUGGGAGCUGCCCCGGUAUCCCAAGGUGAAGGUGUUUUGGAGAUGGAUGUGGUUCCACGGGGAGUUCAUCUACAACAUGACCCCACCUUUCAUCCAUAAGCAUUUCAAGGACCGGCUGGUCCUGAACUUCACAAAGGACCGGACCUCAGGCUCCCUGUCCAUUUUGAACCUUCGGAAGGAGGACGAGAACAUGUACUUCUGCCGCGUCCAUCUGAAGACAAAGGAAAAGGGUGAGCAGCAGUUGCAGUCCAUCGAAGGGACCAAACUCACCAUCACUGAAGCCAUCAAGACCACCACUGAGAGAAGCACCAGUGUAGCCUCUGAAGUUACCUCAGCUGGCUUCACAGUCUCAGAGUCUCAGCCCCUGAGUCUGGGAGCCUUUGUUGGGGUUGUGAUGUUCACUGCUACAUUCAAAAUUGGAGUGCUGGGACUGAUGGCCUUCCUCAGAUGGAGAAAGGCCAGACAACUACAAUCCCCAGCAGGGAUUCCCUUUCGUUGCCGGCGCCCGAACAGGGACCUGAAAACCUGGGAUCACCGCAGAGGACCCCGCUAAGUAUGCCCCUGGUUCCUGGAGGAAGGAACCAUUAGUUUAAAAACUUAGCAACAACAACAACAAAAAAAAAAAAUGAAAAAAAGGAUUCAGGGACACUAUGAUGCAAAUGGCCGGUAAGUUAAAACAUUGCUGCUUUGUGAUUGUCUGGUAUCUGUGUAGCCUGCAGGUUCUGUAUUGGGGUUGGCAAGAGUAUUGGCAGAUGCGCUAUAAGACAGCCAUAAGACGCACUAUAAGACAGUCCGGUGGGAGACGUCCCCCGGAUCCCCAUCAGGGUAAACUAUCCACUAGUGUGGACAUUUGGGCCUGUAUGCAGUCCAGCACUUUCUGUCUGACAGUCUACAAUGCACAUGCUGUAAAUGUGCUUUGUCUCAAUGUUUGUGUGUA